ACAAAUUUACCUUAUAUCUACGGAUUUACCACAACUCAAGAGUUCCAUUUUAUUCCUCAGAUGCCUAGAAUCUAGCACAUACAGCGGCAUAGCAAAAUGGCAAGCGCUACGACGCCCAAAUCUAUUUUGAAGAAACCUUCCUACCCCGCCACCGGCUCGUCCAAAGCAGAUCGAGACCGCGAAGUGGCUCUGUACCAUGCAAACCUUAUUCAGCAACGGAAAGAUAUCGAGCUCAAAAUCCUCCUCUCGACCGAAACUCUCAUCGACUACCCACUGGCCGCCGCUCCCUACGAUGCCUCGAACCCUUCUCCCGCUGACGCGCGGUCCUUCAAGGACCUCCUCCGUCCCUUUCAACCAAGCGAUUACGAUGCUUUGAUCGUGGAACGCAAUAUCAAUGAACACUGCGGGUAUGCAUUAUGUCCGAAGCCAAGAGUCAAAGAUGGCGGAGGAGGGAAAUAUAGGAUUGUUGGCAAAUACGGCAAGGCGAAAGAUUUCCGAGUCGUGGACAAAGAGGAGUUGGAGAAAUGGUGCUCAGAGGCAUGUGCCAAGAGGGCAUUGUAUGUGAGGGUUCAACUGAGUGAAACCCCAGCUUGGGAGAGAGAAGGUUUCAAUAGCGUGAAUAUCGAUCUUUUAGAUGAGCCAAAAUCCGAGGAGGGCAAGUCUAAGGAGCGCCAAUCCGAAGAAGACCAGGUCGUGGAAGCGCUCGGAGAGCUGAAUUUGAGAGGAACGGAGGAUCAGGUCAAGAAGCAAGAUGCAGCUGACCUGGCUUUGGAAAGGGGUGAUAGGGGCUACGCAACCAAAAAUGGUUUGGUGGACGUCAAGAUACAUGACAAGGAAGUUACAGAACCAGUUCAGGCUCCAUCCUUGGACACAGACGACCUCAGCAGUAGGCUAGGUACCAUGCAUCUGACCUUGGAAGGCCACACACCGAGCUUCGGUAGUCGAAAGCAGAGGCGGCAUCACGAGGAACUAGGGGACAUUGAAGGGGAGAAUAGUGAUGAGGAUACGGAUUGGAAACUUUGAAGUACUUUAUCUAUAUGGCGUUGAGAGGGUUGGCAAAAGGGCUUUCGGAGUCAGGAUACUAUGAUACCCCCUCUAAUGUGAUCUUUCAUCCGAGUAAAUCGAACGCCAUUCUUUCAAAGUCUCCAAAUAUUGAUCCUCUUAGCAUCUCUGCUUUCUCCAUAGCUCUUGUAGCAUCAUUUCUCGUCAUGGCUGUUUGUCAGUGUCUUACAAAGUUCCACGUUGGUUGAGGGGCAGCGAUCCACGGGUAAUCACACAUAGAGUGGGCAGAGGAAAGAGGAAAAUGGCAAUCAAGCGUCAUCUCCAGAGGAGAAUCAGCGACACCUUGGUGGAAUAUGAUCUCACAUUGAUCUAAUGUGC